AUGUUCGAUGUGAACUUCUGGGGCGCAAUGAACGUCAGCAAGGAGGCGCUCCGCGUAUUCCGCGAGGUGAACAAACCGGCUGGUGGGCGGCUCCUCCAGGUCUCCUCCAUGGCAGGGCUUGUAGGUGGACCCGCUCUAACGAUAUACCACGCGAGCAAAUUUGCACUAGAGGGCCUUAGCGAGUCUAUCGCGGCAGAAAUCGACCCUGAAUGGAACAUCAAGGUAACGCUCAUUGAACUGGGCGUAUACAACACGGGCGGUAUCGAUCGCAUCGUCGUGAUGCCGUCGCAUCCUGCAUAUACCCAACCAGGGUCAGCCAUCACAGCAUUCCGGGGAUUGCUCGACAACCGCGAUGGUUUACGCAACACAGGCGACCCUGCCAAGGCCGCUGCGGCGAUGUACAAAUUGACGACUCUGCCAAAUCCCCCACUCCACCUGCCGUUGGGGAAAGACAGUGUCGCAGCUGCACGGAGCAAAGUAGCACAGCUUGCGGCGGAAACGGAUCAAUACGAGUCGUGGUCAGACGGAUUGAAGGUUGGUGAAUGA